CUUCUCUGCCUGCGCCGGCGUGUAUAUAUUUAUUCGAUUCAUCCUCUCGUCGCCAUUGUCAACCUCAUCAUCCCUCAUACACCACAUCUCGCGUGCGGAGUUCCCAUCAUGUCUUUCGUCCUCAGGAGGCCCUUUGCGGUCUCCUCCAACGCUUUCAAGCAAUUCAGCAAACCCUCCUCGUUGAUCCGCAGCUUCCACUCAAACCCCAAAUCAUCGAAUUCAUUCUUCACUCCCCGGACGACGACGACGACGACGUCGAGCGCACAAUCCCUGCUCAAGUCCGAAGCUCUCCGCAAUGGUUUCAAGCGAAGUUACCAGACUCCUUCCUAUCAGCCUGCGAGCACAACUUCCAGCGGCAAUCUGACACAGCGACUUCUCUACGGCGCCGCUCUGGUGGGUGGUACAAUCUUUGCCACGAACCUGAUCUUCAACCGGGAAACGCGCGAAGAUGGCGGUAUGCCCACGUACGAACGAGAAUACCUGAACCAGACUUUCAUGCACACCGGACUGGGUAUCGGUAUCAUUGGUUUGGCGGCUCGGACUCUGCACACCAGUGGCUGGAGUUAUCGGUUGAUGGCCACGAACCCUUGGCUGGUUAUCGGUGUUGGUCUCGCUGCCAGCUUUGGAACCAUGUACGGAACAUUCUACACGCAUCCUGACAACUACGUACAGAAGUACGCUCUCUGGACCGCGUUCAACGUCACUCAAGCAGCCAUUCUGUCCCCAUUGAUGUUCAUGCAUCCGGCAAUCCUGGCUCGCGCCGGUCUUUACACUAUCGGCAUGAUGGGAAGCAUUGCCUUUGUCGGUGCAACUGCCAAACAAGAGAAAUAUCUCUACCUCGGAGGUCCUCUGCUUGCUGGUGUCGCCAUCGUUGCUAUCUCCGGAUUUGCACCUCUCGUCCUACCAGCCACCGCCGUUCGAACAUUGGCCUGGACUGAGAACAUUUGGCUCUACGGUGGUUUGGCUGUCUUUGGUGGAUUUACUCUGUACGACGUUCAGAAAAUCCUGCACCACGCUAGGAUGAGUGAACGUGGUCUGGUCAGAAAAGAUGUCGUGAAUGAGAGUGUGAGCCUUGAGUUGGACUUCCUGAAUAUCUUCAUCCGCAUGGUUCAAAUCUUGAGCAUGCAAGGCAGCAAGCGACGAUGAUCGGGUCGAACUUGAGAAGGAGUAUAUUUAUUCCUCGGGGAUGCGACUUGUAAUUCAUAUAUGACUUGAUCACAGUGUACAGGUCUUCAACUUGGUCAAAGACAUACUCUACACCACCAAUAUAGGAGAAAACAGAUAUAUAAAAAAAAUGUAUUACUUCCACUCUUACAA